AUGUUUAAUGAUAACCCCCCUCAUUCUCCAUUAUCAAACAAAUCUUCCGCUACAGAGGAAAGCCACAGUGCAGGGAUGAGCCUCGGGGACAGCCAGUCUGAGUUAAACGGGCCAUCUGUAUCUCAGAUACUUGAACCAGUGACCGUUCCCUACCUAAGUUCACUUGUUUUGCGAAAAGAAUUGGAAAAUCUGCUUGAAAACGAAGGAACAAAAGUCUUACUGGAGCCUGGUUUCGUUGACCAUCAUCCUAUUAUAUAUUGGAACUUGGUUUGGUGCUUCAGGCGAUUGAAUCUUCACUCGAAUCUUUACAAGAUUUUACUUCGAUCGCAACUUCUGCAACAAAAUUCAAAGGUCCCCCCCAACAAAAAGGACAAUGUUGUCAUACACCUCAUGUGGGAUAACCUUAAACUACAUUUGGAUGGAGACAAACCACCUUUAUAUUGUGCCUGGCAUCAAAUAAUGACGAAUGGUCCAAGUGAAGAAUAUCAAUCGUACUCCCAAUCUUUCCUCUCCGAUAUAAAGGAAAGCAUCAUGCAGGAUGAUGUGUUGGGUCCAUUAGUUGCGGUGCUAAACGAACUGAAUGUACAACAUGGGAUUCGCAGAAGUGCUUAUCGGGAAAUUCUUUACUUCAUUAUUGUAGCUCUUGGGAAAGCUUCAAUCGACACAAUUGCAUUUGACCGUGAAUAUCGUCGAGCGUUCGAACUUCUCAGUCCUGCAGAGCGUGCCCUCACUCAUAAAUGCGACCGUCCACCAAAUGAUCACGCAAUUGACUGCCGUGAAAUAUUUGGUGAACUCGACCUUUAUAAAUAAAAUAGCACGCCAAUAUUAUGUUGUAACAAUCGUCACUGUGACGUUUAAGGGUGCUAUAGUGGUUGCGUAUAGCUUUACAUUCACAAGUUGCAAGCUUUUUAUUAUUUGUAUGUUAAAGGGUUUACCGUCGUCUAAAUGCGUA